CAUGAGGACUACAUGUAAUUUUAUAUUCCGUUAUGCUUAUUUACUUUAGUUAAUUGGUCAAGUCUAAGCGUAAACCCGUUAAAUACCUCACAUAUGCACGCUUUCUUGUCCCCGAAUUCACAAAACUUGAUCGAGAGCGCUGGGAUUGUACAUUAUGGAGACUAGGGAGCCAAGUUAGUUGUCCGAAGUAACGUUACUUGCAGUUAAAGCCAGCCUUUUGUAUUGCAGCGUGCCUGGGAAGAUGUCCUGGGAAGAGCUGGAAGCCCUGUGUCGCAGAGAGCGGCUCCACUGUGAACAGCUUGGGGUGAACGGAGCCAACGUCAAAGACUACGAUGUGGAAUUCCUCUGCGACUACAAGAAGACUAAGGAGGAGGAGUUAUACCUGGUAAAGUGGAAGGGCUUCCCAGAGUCUGAUAACACCUGGGAACCCAAGAGGAACCUUAAAUGCCCCAAACUGAUGAAGCAGUUCCACCUGGACCUGGAUCAGGAGCUGAGGCGCCACAAGAGACGCUGCACCCCUAAAAAACUUGAUAAGGAAGUUGCCUCAUUCCUGGUCCAAAAAGCCAAACUCCGUCAGCGUCUGCAGCGCUGGGAGGCCCAUUUGAACCAGACACGCAACCACCCAGGUCGCAUUUUUGUCAUGAACGAAGUGGACUUUGAGGGCCCACCAAAAAACUUCACCUACAUCAACAACUACAAAGUAGGCCAAGGAAUUGUGCUAGAUGAGAUGGCUGUGGGCUGUGAUUGUAAAAACUGUCUAGAGGAACCGAUGAAUGGCUGCUGCCCUGGGGCCUCCCUGCACCGCAUGGCCUACAAUGAAAAGGGGCAGGUCCGGAUCCGGGCAGGACAGCCGAUUUACGAGUGUAACUCCCAAUGCAGCUGUAGCCUUGACUGUCCAAACAGAGUAGUGCAGAAGGGCAUCCAAUUCGACCUGUGCAUCUUUAAGACAGAGAACGGCCGGGGAUGGGGCGUGCGCACACUGCAGCACAUCAGGAAGAACACAUUCAUCAUGGAGUACGUGGGAGAGAUCAUCACAAAUGAUGAAGCGGAGAGGAGGGGUCAUGUGUACGACUGCCAGGGCUCCACUUACCUGUUUGACCUGGACUAUGUGGAGGAUGUGUACACAGUGGAUGCAGCUCACCAAGGCAACAUCUCCCACUUUGUCAACCACAGCUGUAACCCCAACCUGCAGGUCUUCAACGUGUUCAUUGAAAACAUUGAUGAGAGGCUCCCGAGGAUUGCUUUAUUCUCAACACGGGCUAUCCGGGCCGGAGAGGAGCUCACCUUUGACUACAAGAUGCAAAUUGAUCCAGUCGACACUGAAAGCACCAAAAUGGACUCCAGCUUCAGCCUGGCGGGGCUCCCCAGCUCUCCGAAGAAGAGGAUUCGAGUGGAGUGUCACUGUGGAUCGGACUCGUGUCGAAAAUACCUGUUCUAACGAAGGAGUGCUGGGACCGCAACACCGUCGUCUGUGGAAAGAUGGUGGAAAUUGUACAGAUUUGUAUAUAAAUGUUUCUUUUCUUUUUGUUUAUGAAAGCUGAAAUUCACCAUCAACUUUUUCUAUGUGAACAUGACGAACUCUUCCAAGAUGAAAACCAUUAUCCACAAUUGAAAAUAGUGUAGAACUUCUUGGUUUUCAGUGAAUUAAAGGCUGCAUCCGUG